UUUUCGAUUUUGCCACAAAAAUCAGUUGACAGUGAUAAAAAACACAGAAAACAGAGGGAAACCUUUAAAAAAAAAUGGUGGCGAUUUCUUUGUACAGAGGGAACCUCCACAGAACACCGGAGGUAUCUCGGCGCUGGCUAAUGCCGACUCCCAAAAUCUCUCUCAGAGACUUCAAAUCUCUCUUGCACCGCCGUGACAGAGCUCUCUCUCGUCUCCGUUCCUCUUCUUCUUCUAACCCUAACUCUAACUCUGCUUUAAAGUAUCAAAUUCAAUCUCCCGUGUCCUGUGAGCCUCCUAUUGAGCCGAAAUUGAAAGCCAAACUGGAACCUGAACCGUCCGAGGGUUUGAAAACUGGACCACCUCUCCAGGAGGUCAAGGUGGACAUAGUUGGAGGAUCCGACGGUAGAGAUUGUUUGGUGAAGUCGGAAGAUGAGCAGACCGAGAAAGAUGUCAAUUUGCAAGUGGAUGAGAAACUGCCUGAGGAGGCUAAAACAAAUUUAGAGGUAAGCGAUAAAAUAAAUGAUUUCAAUGGAAAAGAAACAAGGAAAAGGGAUGUUGAGGAGAAAUUACAGGUUUUGAAUGCAAAAAAGCAUAGUUUAGUACAAGUACUAAAGCAGAUCUUGAAUGCAGAGGAGGAGUUGAAGAGAAGAAAUAGCACACAAGGUACAGUGAAUCGUCCAGCCGUUCCAUUUCAAGUGGAAACCACAAAUGACUCAGGGUCAAUGACGAGGCUUGUCACUCCUCGGAUGGGCUUGGAUGCUAAUCUUGCUGGUGAAAAUGAUGGAGUUGAAGCUGAUGAUGUUUCAAACCAUAAUGUUCAUUCUCGUCAUGUGUUUCGGAUGAGCAGUACAUCUCCAUCUUCAGAAUCUCCUCUUAGAAGGCCUACCUACAUUCAACAUAAUGUGGCUUCCCACCCAUCUCGAACAAGCAUGGGGGUCACAGGUAGUCCUUCACGUUUUGCUCCUACUGGAAAUCAAGGACAUCCUGGGAAUCCUCCCACCGUAUCUGUGUCAGGAACAAAUUUCGUUGCAUCAUCUCCUUCCCCUGCAGCAUCUGGUGGCACUUCAGUCUUACGAGAGGCUUGGCAGCCAAGCCCAUGGAAUUAGAAUCUGUAGCCAAUUGAGCUUUUCUUGUGACUUGAGCCUCUAAGAUGUGUAUUGCGAGCUUGGCAACAUUGUAAGCCCUUUCUAGUUCUUCCUGCUUAAUCAAAAGCGAGAGCAUCGGUUCUCAAUUUCAUAUCA